AUCUUCGCUGGUACUAGCUAUGCGGGAGUGCGAGAGAGGGAUUAAUCGAUGACCUAGCUCCUCUCUCUCUCUCUCUCUUCCUGGUGGAAUACCUAUCGACACCGCCAGGACCGUCAGGGAGGGUACUCGCUCGCUCGCCACUUGCGCUGCUCUAGAUCUAGGCGCCGGUGGCCCGGCCAUGGCAUGGAUUGGAGCUUAGGGAUUUGCUGGCGGAGGCCACCGACGCACGGAUCAAGGCGCGCGCGUGAUCCAGGGGAGGCAUUCGUACUUGGCCGAUGAUCUUGACGAGUCGCAGUGUAGGCCAAUCGAAUUCGCGCAGUACUGGAGGAGCAAGGAAGAACAGGUGGAGUGUUUAUGUGGACCGUUAUCGCGGAUUUGGAGCGGUGAAUUUCUUGGGGUAAUCGCCCAUGGCGGAUCGGAAGAUGAGCAAGAACAGCGGCGACAGUGUCAUCGACCUCCUGGACGACAAUAUUCUGCUCCAGAUCCUGGAGCGCCUUGAGGAUCGAUUCGACCGCCAGGCGUGGUGCCUCAGCUGCAAGCACUUCCUGCGCCUCGAGGCCAGCACCAGGAACCGGAUCCAGCUCAUGCGCCACGAAGUUCUCGAAGGGAUCCUCCACAGGUACUCGCGGCUGGAGCAUCUGGAUCUGUCGCAUUGCAUCCAGCUGGUGGACGAGAAUCUGGCGCUCGUAGGGCAGAUCGCGGGAAAUCGUCUCGCCUCGAUCAACCUGUCGCGAGUUGGGGGUUUUACCAGCGCUGGGCUGGGGCUGCUGGCGCGAUCCUGCUGUGCCUCCCUCACCGACGUGGACCUGAGCUACUGCUCCAAUCUCAAGGACUCGGACGUGCUUGCGCUCGCGCAAAUCUCCAAUCUCCAGGCUCUCCGCCUCACGGGCUGCCACUCCAUCACAGACAUUGGGUUGGGCUGCUUGGCCGCUGGCUGUAAGAUGCUCAAGCUUCUCACGCUCAAGGGGUGCUUGGGGAUCACGGACAUUGGCAUUGCUCUCGUUGCCGUGAAUUGCAAGCAGCUAAGAACACUGGAUCUCUCGUACACCGAGGUGACCGACGAAGGCCUGGCAUCCAUAGCGACUUUGCACUCGCUGGAGGUUCUGAAUCUGGUUUCUUGCAACAAUGUUGACGAUGGAGGAUUGAGAUCGUUGAAAAGGAGCUGCAGAUCGUUGCUGAAGCUGGAUGUUUCUCGAUGCUCCAAUGUCAGUGACGCAGGUCUCGCAGCUCUGGCCACCAGUCACCUCUCCUUGGAACAGCUUACACUUUCCUACUGCUCUAUCAUCACGGACGAUCUACUGGCCACCUUUCAAAAGUUUGAUCACCUGCAAUCAAUUGUCUUGGACGGGUGUGAGAUUGCUCGCAACGGUCUCCCUUUCAUCGCCAGGGGUUGUAAGCAGCUCAAGGAGCUCAGCUUAAGCAAGUGUAGAGGUGUAACGGACAGAGGCAUAGCUGCUGUUGCUCAAGGAUGCACUGCUCUUCACAAGCUCAACCUGACGUGCUGCCGGGAGCUGACGGACGCGUCUCUGUGCCGGAUCUCCAAGGACUGCAAGGGUCUCGAGAGCUUGAAAAUGGAGUCGUGCAGCCUCAUCACCGAGGAUGGGCUGUGUGGUCUCGGCGAAGGCUGUCCUCGUCUCGAAGAACUCGAUUUCACCGAGUGCAACAUGAGUGAUACCGGCCUCAAGUAUAUUUCCAAGUGCACGGCACUGAGGUCCCUCAAGCUGGGAUUUUGCUCCACCAUCACAGACAAAGGCGUUGCUCACAUUGGUGCCAGGUGUUGUAACCUUCGAGAGCUUGACUUCUACAGGUCCAAAGGUAUAGGUGACGCUGGAGUGGCAGCAAUUGCUUCCGGGUGUCCGAAACUCAAGCUUUUGGAUCUUUCGUAUUGUAGCAAGAUCACAGACUGCUCGUUGCAAUCGCUGUCGCAGCUGAGAGAGCUGCAACGCCUCGAGCUCCGCGGCUGCGUGCUUGUUUCGUCGACAGGCCUGGCCGUGAUGGCAUCGGGCUGCAAGAGGCUCACGGAGAUCGAUAUAAAGCGCUGCUCCCAGAUCGGGAACGCUGGAGUCUCGGCCUUGUCCUUCUUUUGCCCCGGCCUCCGAAUGAUGAACAUCUCGUAUUGCCCGAUCUCAAAGGCGGGAUUGCUGAGCCUUCCCCGGCUCAGCUGCUUGCAAAGCGUCCGGCUCGUCCACCUCAAGAACGUCACAGUGGAUUGCUUCGUGACAGUGCUCCAGAAUUGCAAGAGCUUGAAGAACGUCAAGCUUCCAUCGUAUUUGAGAACACUCCUCCCUCCCGGGAUCGCGGAAGAGAUGGAAUCGCGGGGCUGCCGAAUUCGAUGGAUGGACAAAGCCUUGGAAGAAGACGAUGCCCUCGAGCCUCACUGAGAGAAAUUCCUUUAUUUCUUUGUAUUUAAGUUUUAAAGGGGGUGUUAAACGUACAGGGCAAAGAAACCCUCGGAUUUUAGGGUU